CCCUCCACGCUCACAUUCUUCUGCCUUGUAAGGCAGCGCAGCCUCACGGUGCGGACCCCGCCCCCGGCGCGCGGAGCUGAGGCCAGAGCCUCCCAAGCAGCGGGCUCCAGGCACCCGCCAGCGCCGUCUUCGCACCAGGAAAGCCCUGCCCACCCAAAGCCAAAAUGUCCAGCAAGCGGGCCAAGGCCAAGACCACCAAGAAGCGGCCCCAGCGGGCUACGUCCAAUGUCUUCACCAUGUUUGACCAGUCCCAGAUCCAGGAGUUUAAGGAGGCCUUCAAUAUGAUCGACCAGAACCGUGAUGGCUUCAUUGACAAGGAAGAUUUGCAUGACAUGUUGGCCUCUCUUGGUGAGCAAGAUAGGCCGGACAGGGAACUACGUGGGGGAAGUGUAGAGGCUGCUCGGCAUUUACAGGGCACUUCCUGUGAAAUGAGACAUGUAGUACCACCCUAUAGAGUGCUCUAACUAUGUCCACUUAACAGAGAGGCAUGGGACAGGUCCA